CGUUCGUUGAUACAAAAAUAAACAGUGGCAAACUCGAAGUGGUCUAAACAGUGUAUUUACGAAGGCACCCAGUUUGAAUAUCAUACAGUACAAUCUUCUAAUGCCAUAGGAUAUAACCUAUUACUAAUGACGCAAAAACUAUGCACUCCGUACAAAUCAGUUUGGAUAUAGAUUUUCGCACUUUCAUUUAAUUAUCUCAAGCCAUGUGUGAUGUACCGGCCUUUUGUUCAAAAGUUGUUAAUGAUGAGAAGUUGUGUCAAGAACGGUUCCUUUCAUUAUUGUUUGAAAAAGUGCGGCUCGUGUGAAAUUGUCUGCAGUUAUGUUGAAAUUAAAUAUGCUCAGUUAUCUGCAAUUUGUAUAUAAACACCCGUCGCACUUGCACUUGUUAUACAACCAAAAUCACGUUCACUACCUUGCAUAGUACAUCAUGGCUUCCUCUCGAAGAAUAGCUAUAUUUGGUGACAGUUAUGUUAAACGACUUGGACGUCAUUGUAAUUAUGAUUUAAAGAUGCCUGGAGAAUUGCGAUUUUUCGCUAAGGGGGGAAUGACGGCAGCACGUCCUGACGUCGAGUUGCUACAGGAACUAAAGACAUUCCAGCCGCACGUUGUCGUGGUGGUUCUGGGUGGAAACGACAUAUGCACUAGUUCGUCGCCUGCGGACAUUGUGUCGUCUCUACUAAGGCUACAGACGCAGCUCCACGAAGCAGGAACCACGCGUGCAUUUCUGCAACAUUUGUGAGCGGGGUUAUUUUCCGAAGGACCGUGCAAUGACAAAGAAAUGUUUUAAUGCACAGAGAAACAAAACCAAUGACUGUCUAAACAAAAACGCGUGUGUAAUAGAACUGAAAAAGAUUAGAUUUCCAGCAGAUUACCACACCGAUAUGGUGCACAUGAAUGAAGUUGGCAAUACUAAACUCUUUAGGCACAUCAGAGGCGUUUUAUUUGGACUUUAAAUAGUUCACUGUAUUGUCAUUUUUGUUUGUUUUGUAUUUUGGUAUUACGUAUGAUUAUUGCUUGUUUUGAUUUUGAAAUAAACGCUUUCUGGCAAAUAAG